GGCAAAACAGGUUAUUUCUUCAUUCUUAUCAUUCUCACAUGUGGCAUCCAGCUGGCAUCCAGCAACCCUCAUAACUGGCUAUGUCUCUUCUUGGUAGAGAGGGACUGGGGCAGGAACACUAGGACUACUGUAAGCAUCUAUUGAUAAAGUUGAUCAGAUCCAGACUGGCUGAUCCAUUAGAACUGGGCUGGCUGGGCAGGUCUUAGGAACUGACUUGAGGCAUGGUUGAUUAUUGGCAAGAGUUUCAUCUGUUUGGUCCUAGGAAGUGGGCAGCAUUCUUGGGAUUGUGAUUUCUGCCACCUGUGCUUUAGAGCCACGUCUCUCCUGGCUGGUGGAAGUCUCUUGGGAAGUGAUGCAUGCUUGGAUACAAGAUAUGGUGAACUCCUCUUUGCAGGGUGAGAUAUUUGCAUUUAAAGAGGGGGUUGUCUGUCCCCUUCCUAAGAGGCCAUCCUUGGAUCCAACAGUUCAGAAUGAUUUUUUUCCAAUCUCCAUCCUUCUCUUUUUAGAAUGGUUGUUUCACAGCUUCAAAGGGUCCUGAAGAAAGCAGAUUAUCUGGACUCUUUCUAGUCAAGCUUCAGGCAUUUCAAGUAUUAAUUCUAUGUAUUCUAAGACUGAUAAAAUAUAAAUAUUAUAAACACAAACAAAAUAUAUUCUUCUUCCUUGGAUAAAUAUGAUUAUAGUCUUAAAACUGGAGCUGAAAAUGGAUUCUGGGGCUACUAGCUUUGUUUUGGAUAGAUAUCUGCAAUAUGUCUGCAAAUGAAUUCCUACAACACUGCAAAAUGUAUUCAUGCUAUUUUAUGUAUCAAACCAGAUCUCAGUACAUUUUGUCCUAGGAGAAUCAAUUCUCCUUUCUCCACGAACCUCUUCUGCAUCUCAUAGGUAUAUUUAUCGUGAAACUUUUUGAAGAACUAACCUUGAAAUCUUAAAAUGGAGCUAACACAGAAAAUACUGUUGCCAAAUAAAAUAUAAAAUAUGAAACUUAAAUAUAAAAUUUUAAGAAGAUAUUGGAUAACCAUUUGUCUGAAAUGGUAUAGGAUUCUCUGCCUGAGCGGGGAGUUGGACUAGAAGACCUCUAAGGACCCUUCCAACUCUGUUUAUUCUGUUCUGUUAAGUAGCCAAACCAUAAGUAGCGAAUUUGUCAGUCAACCUAGAAUUACAGCACCAUCUUGUGGUGAUCAGUUUAUUACAGAAUUAGAAAUUCCAGUCAAAUAUAUUACCUUUUCAUAGUAAGAAUUAAUACUUUUUGUCAGUUAAGUAAGGAUUCUAUUUCAGCUUCAUUGCACCAGCAAAAGAAAUAGCAUGCUAAUUUCAACAGAAUAUUGCUAUUGUUGUGAAGAAAAUAGGAAGAGGAAGGAGUAUUAGAUGUUCACCUCCUUGAGUUUAUAAAAAUAAUAAAGGUGGGGAAUGAAUAAAUAAAUAAAUAAAUAUCAUAAAGGGAAAAAAUGGCGGGGUUGAAGUUGUUCUGGAAGAGAGAAAUAAGAACUGCAACAAAAUGUUACACUCUAUUUUCACAUCAGCUCCCAUUCUGUACAAGUAGCUCCCAUUCUGUACAAGUAGCCCUCCACUUACGACCCUUCAAGUGACUAUUGGAACUUACAGCAACAAUCAAAAAAACAAUGACUUACAAUUGGUCUCCACACUUAUGACCAUUGCAACAUCCUCACAGUCACAUGAUCAAAAUUCAGAUGCUUGGUGGCUGCUGGCAUGUAUUUAUGAUGGUUGCAGUGUCCCAGGGUCAUGUGAUCACCAUUUGGGACCUUCUCAGCCAACUUUCAACAAGUAAAGCCAAUAGGGAAAGCCAGAUGUACUUAAUGAUCAUGUGAUUCACUUAACUGCAGUGAUUCUGUUAACAACUAUGGCAAAAAAGGUCAUACAAUUGGAUACAACUCAUUCAAUAACUGCCUUGCAGGCAACAGAUAUUCCCAUUCCAAUUGUGGUCAUAAGUCAAGAAUUAUCUAUAUUUCAGAUAGCUAUUCCCUCUAGGAUAUAUCCUUUCCUUCCAUCCCCAAUUUAUAAAAUGAACAUCCAAUUUUCUGUGGCUUUGGGGCCUACUGUGUUAUUUCCCAAUGCAUUAUUUUGAUGCAUUAGCUUACGCCCUUCAGAUUUUUUUAUGAUACCUUAUACGCAUGGGUUUUAGUAGGCAGCUUUGUCUUUUUCAAUAGCCUGUUUUAAGUACUUAGCUGUUGAUGUUUAUCUUUUCAGUUAAAUAUCAGAGGAAUGAGUCUCUUCUUAUUAAAGACCACUUUUGCUCAGAAGACACCUGGAAUGGGGUUCAUGAUGGCAAUUUAGGUUUUACUUAUGAUGGAUUGAUAAAAUGUGUAAGCCAUUUUAGGAUCUGAAUGGCAAAAUGAAAAACAAUCAUUUAUAAACCAAGUGACAAUUACAAAUUGAUUAGCAAAUAUGGUUCUUAUACAUUUAGGGCAGGGAUCCCUAAACUCUUUAGUUCAUGGGUGUCAAACUCAUCACAUGACGUGUUGUGACAUAUCAUGACUCUUUUUGCAUUGCAGGCAAUGGGGUGGGCGCAGCUCCGGUAUGAUGAAACUGGCCCGCGGACAGGCAGUUUGACGCUCCUGCUUUAGUUCAUCAAUUCAUUCAUGAAAUUUCAGAUUGUUCACCAAUCAACAAAUAUUAUAUGAAAAAAAAUCCUACUUUAAUAGUACUACAAAUGAUGAUAACAUCCACCUUUGAAAGUUAAUUACUGAUCAUUUUGGAAAACCUUGCUUUUUUAUAAGGCAUUACUCAACCACACUGAUACUGUAUAAUUGACCUCCUGAAACAUUUUUAUUCAUGCUCCUCUAUUCCGAGGAUCCCCUCCUCUCCUUCAGCUCCGCCUCUUCUCUUUCAAUUUCCCGCUCUCCUUUUUGCAGCCAACCAGCGGAAACGACUCCGAACGACCAAUCAGGGCUCUCUUUCGUCCCUCCGCCAGGGACAGCGCCUCCUCUCGCCUCCCAUAGGCGCGUGCGCACUCGUCCCUACGCCGCCUCGGAGGUGUGUGCAGGCCGGGGCCGUCGAUCGGUUGGCACGUGUGUUUGGGAGACCUUGGAGGCCUGGCUGGUCACGCGGGGCCAGAACGUUAGAGCCUCCAUGAGCAGGUGUUGUCCACCUGUAGCCUCGGUCGUGAGAGGACUUCUCGGUUCCGUUUUUUUCUGCCUGACCCGGACCAUGAGCCUCCGUGGAACACCGGCUGCCUACCUGUCGGGGGCCGCGGGGAGCAGCAGGGCGGGCUCCGACGAAGGAGGGAGCGGAGGGAGCGCCUUCUUCCUGCCCUCGACCUCAUCGCCGCGGCCGAGGCUGCUGCGGCUGUCGGAGGUGCCGGGCGCCGAGCCCUUCAAAGCCAAUGACGUGCUGCUGCACCUGCCCCUUUCUGCCCCCGCAACGGGGCAGUCUCAGCAUCACGUCGUCUACUUCCCGGGGGACGUGCAGAACUAUCAUGAAAUUAUGGCUUGCCAUCCAGAGAACUUCCCGUGGAAACAAUGGUGUUUAGAAAAUGUUGCAAUUAUUCUUGGUCAUCGUUUUCCAGGCAGUUACAUUUGGAUUAUAAAAUGUUCCCGUAUGCAUUUGCACAAGUUCAGCUGCUACGAUAAUUUUGUGGCAAGCAAUUUGUUUGGAGCACCUGAACAUAGUACUGACUUUGGAGCCUUCAGACACCUUCAUGCCCUGCUAACUAAUGCAUUUAAACUUGCUCAAAAUUUUUUGGUGUCUCAGAAAAGCAUGUACGAUUUUAGCGACAAUACAAAGGCAGUUUUUUGUGAAUUACCUACUUUUGCUGCUAGUAAUGGUUGCCCAGCAGCAGAGAAACACUGUGAGCUUGUUAGCAAGUCUGUGAGCUUUAAUGAGCCUUCUGCUAUUCACAGAGCUUCAUUCACAUUAAUAGGAUUCAGUAAAGGUUGUGUUGUCUUGAAUCAAUUACUUCACGAACUGAAAGAAGCAAAAAAGGACAAGGAUAUAGAUGCUUUUAUACAAAAUAUAAAAGCUAUGUACUGGCUGGAUGGUGGUCAUUCUGGAGGAAGUAAUACUUGGGUAACAUUCCCUCAUGUGCUGAAAUACUUUUCACAGACUGGAAUUUCAGUUAAUGCUCAUGUCACACCGUACCAGGUAUUUGAUACAAUGAGAACAUGGAUUGGAAAAGAGCACAAGAGAUUUGUACAACUUCUUGAGGAGUUUGGUGCAAAUAUAAAUAGCCAACUUCAUUUUGCUGAUGAAGCACCUUCUUUGGACAAUCACUUCAAAGUGCAUGAAGUAUUUUGAUAUGUUAAUGAUGCCAGUGUUAUCUGCAAAAUAGAUCUUAAACUUCCAGUUUAAUAAUGUGUUUUCUUAACACUUGGGAGAGGAAAUAUUGUAUAUGCUUUCUAAGAUGAAUGUUGAUGUUACAAGUCUACUGCUUGUAACCUAAGUCACCAGAAAGUUACAGCUUUUUGAUCUGAGCAAGGCAGCAUUAUCCAUGAGGAAAACCAAUUUAAGAGGGGGGAAAAAAACCCUAAUUCAGAUUAAUGUUAAAGGAAGGGUUUGUGUAAUUGUCUAGAAUUAUAAUGACCAAAACUUUCAAGCCUAGAUAUAAAAAAGAUCAUCUUCAAAUUCUUCUAAUUUGAUGAAAUUGAAGGUUUGUUUUUGAAUAAAAUCCUGUUAUUUAGAUGGGAUAAUUAUUAGAAUGUCAAAGCUACUCUUAACAUUAUUUAGUACUUUUAGCACAAGCAAUGCAGUAAAUUGGUUAUUUUGACAGUAUUUAUCUUCAUUGCAAUAAGUAUAUGUUAACCUUGGGAAUAAGCUGAAUAAUAACUACUGUACUGUUGUGCCAGAGGCGCCCCGCAGUUUCUAACCACUGCAAGCAUCUACAGAUGUUGUAUUUUUGUUUUCCUUGGGGGGGGGGCAUUGGAAGAGAAUUAAGCAUUGUGAGACCAAAAAAAAGUAUACUCUCACACGGUUCAACAUUCCAUAUUAAUGGUGAAGCUUAACUAGCUCUCAAUACAAUUUUGAGCUUUUGUAACUUGAGACUGUUAGAACUUUUGUAACAACUGUAAUUAUUACUUUGCUGAAUAUGAAGCCAUCUAAUUACAUUAUAUUAAUACUGUUAAGUUAUGGGAAAAUGGUAGUCGCAUAUAUACAGUUGUUAUUUAUAACACAGGAACACCAAGUAGCAUUCUCUGUAAAACAGCAAUUAUGUGAGAGAAGGAUCACUACAGUGUAAAACAUUUUGAUGUUUCCAUAGUUAAACAUUAAAGUAUCAUUAAUGAAUCAGUGCAAUUUUUAUACAUUGUUUGAAAACUAGAAACCGGAACACUAUCUGAAAAUAGAAUUUGGAGAAUAUAAAGUUCCUCUGAAUUUUAAAGGAUUUGUGACACAAUAGGACCUCUUAAAACAGAAUUCCUCAACCUUUCCAGCUUUGCAGCCAGGGGACGGGGUGGUUCCACACAGAUGGGGCGUGCAUGCACUUACCUGCUGCUUGUGCAAGUGGGGAUGUGCGUGCGCACUUGCCUACCACUUCCAUGGCCCAAUUCCAAAUGGCUCAAGGCCCGAUAGUGGGCUGUGGCCCAAGAGUUGGGGAUUCCUGCCUUAAACCUUACUGUUGAAAGAUAAUAAACUGGAAAUAUUGCUACAAAAAAAACUUAUGUUAAAAGUUGAAGGCUAUGUCCAAAUUGUUUUUGCUAUAACAAACGGUUUGAUAAUCUGAUUUUCAUAGAAUUUCCUCCAUAAUAUUUCUCUAUGUCAUUAUUCCAUUCUGUGUUUUGCAAGAAGGGCACUUUUUUCAAGAGUAGUUUUUAAAAAUGGGAUAGAAAGUUAAGGUAGAGGAAUCAAUACAAAUGGAGAUCCUUGUUUGCAAGAGAGUGAGCACUGCCUGCUUACUAUCCAGUGUAUAAGCCACACAGCUUUUGAGCAUGAGUAAGCUAUGAAAUUAAUGUUUGGUUAUAAUGGGUGGAGUUUAAUCAUAUGCUUGUUCCGUGGAAGCCACUUUUCCUCCUCUAGUGGUCUCUAAACCCUCUGCAGCAGAUUUGACUGUCAUGAGAGAGCUGUGAGGAUAAGAAAAUUGUUUUAUUAGCAGUAGGCCUUUAGCAUAGACUUUGAUGCCAUCUCAUACUAUGUAAAGAUGAUGUAGGUUUGUCACAUCAGUAUAAAUGUGAAAUAGCUAUUUGUUCUGAUCCAAUAAUUCACUAUGGGCACUUGAGGUAUUGUUCCCCUCACUUCAGUGUUUCCAAGGGAUGUGCGCAUGGAAGAGGGAAAGCCAGGAUGUUAAGUAGGUCAAAUCUCAUAAUGUUUCUGCAGCCAAAAUGCAGGGAUUUUUGCUUUUCACACAUUCCAAUGAGAUUUUUGUUAUUGUUGCACUUUAAAAUAUAUUUUGAAGUCUUUGCUUCUUAAUUCAUACUUUUAAAGUAAUAAAAUGCUUAAAGUUUAGUCAUCUUCAAAUUAAUAGUUUACAACUAUUACAAUAUCCAGCUUUUAAUAGACACUAUUCACAUAUUACUUCACAAUAAAAGUUAGAAGCCAGAAGACUAGGUGAGUCUUACAGUAUUCUGGAAAAAAUUAAUUCCAUCUACAGUUAGGAUAUAUCUAUUUACUGAAAUGAUGUCUAGCAGUCAAGUGAGUUGUUUCCCAAAUUUGCUCAAGAAUUGAGUAAGAUUUGGAGCUGAAGUAAGAGGGAAAUAGUAUAUUGCAUGCCUUCAGUACAGCUUAUUAACUCUGUCACAAUAUAAAGAUACUGAAAUUUCUGUACUAAUAAAUAUUUUCAAUGUGACAUACUUUGUUUACUUUUGAAGGCUGCUUUUAUAAAUAAGCACUAUGUUUUUCUUACAGUAGAUACUGACAUAAAUUGAACUUUAUUUUCCUGAAUGGAGCUAAGAAUACUUUUGUUUCUACAGAGAAUUGGAAGAUAGUAGUAGUAGUAGUAGUAGUAGUAGUAGUAGUAGUAGUAAAGUUGGAAGGAACCUUGGAGGUCAUUGAGUCCAACCCCCUGCUCAGGCAUGAAACCCUACACCAUUUUACAUCCAAAAUACACAAUCUGUUUUUUUUUAUUGGAUUGUUACAUAUUUAUGAUACAGGAGUGUCAGAUGAAAGAACAACUCUUUGCAAACUAAAAUACUUAUUCUACUGAAAGGCAAUACGUUGCAAAGUAGCGAAAACCAUACGUUGCAAUUUCUGCAAGAAACAUUUCUUACAAGAUUUUUAUACCCGCUCAAGGUAUUACAGAGUAAAUUUUAAAAAAUAAACACUGAAGAGAUUGUUGUACUACCUUCACAGUUUAUUAACUCCAAACAUUAGAAAUGUCUACAAAUCCUUAAAAAUUGUGCCUUUUCUGAGCUUCUUGGAAAACACAUUUAAGGAUGUGCCAACUCAUUAGAUAUGCACAUUAUCUCUUCAAAUCCAGAUUGAUGCAGUCUUACUGUUUAUCUCCUUAGCAUACACGUAUAUUAUAUUCAUAAAUAAUACAACAUUUUAGCAGUAUGUGUCUGUUCAAAACACUGCCUUGUGUACUCUGGC